AUGUACCUCAGCGACGUCGUCGCCGGCGGCGAGACCGUCUUUCCGAAGAUCGCGCGGCCGGGCGCGUCCGCCGCGCGCGCGGCCGCGCUCGCGCACCAGCACGGCGGGCCGACGGUCUCGGAGCUCGCGCGCGUCUGCGACGACGACGCGGUCCUGAAAAUCCGACCCGCGAAAGGCGCGGCCCUCCUCUUCUACUCGCUGACGCCCGACGGCCGCGAGGAGGACAACGCGCGGCACGCCGCCUGCCCCGUGGUGGAGGGCGACAAGUGGACCGCGCAGCAGUUCAUCACGCGCGCGCCAAAGGAGCAGAGCCUCUACGACGGGCAGGAGGCGAACCUCGGGGGCUACUAA